CCGCCCGCUCCGCGCCUGCGCACAGGCCUCGCGGCCGCGGCCCGCCUGCCCCGCUCCGGACCACCCGACACCCACAGCCUCACAGUAGGUGUCACUCCUCCUCGAACGUUGCUCACUGCCUAUCUGCCGUUAGGUGCACUAUUCUGUACGUACCCGUUACCGUGCUAAACGUUACAAAUAGUGAGUAUCUAUAUUACAGUCAUGUUAGUGGCGCUACAAUAUGAUCGUCGUCCAGGCGCCCGUCGCUCUUCACCGCUGCAGGACGCGACAUAGCGGUCGCCAGACGUCCAUGUAACCAUGUUAGUGCUGUGCUAACACUAUGCGAACCCGCUACAAGUAGGUGGCACGUUUAGCACUAUGAAAGUACAUGUUAUUGUCGAAACCACUUCAUGACCCCCGGUGGGGCCUACUUAGCGAAUUCAUUUUCAUAGAAAUAAAAACUACCGAUCUUCAUCAACAUCUCUCAACUACUUACUAUCAUAUAAUUCCAAUAAGGAACAAUAAGAAGUUUUACAAGUGUUUAGUUCGUGUGUCAGUGACUUGUGCAUAGGUCAGGUUGAAGUGCGGGGAAGUUACCACAGCCUAACUUAUUUAUUUUCAUGUCGACAAUCGAUUCGAAACCUUUCUCUGCACCAAAAGUCAAUCAAUUUAUAAAUCUCCUCAAGCAGUAAGGCCAGAAGGAGGGCGGGCGCGCGAGCGCGGGCCCCGCCAUGCGGAAGUUCAUGCGCACGCGCAGCCCGCCGCCGCCACCGCUGCACGCGCACCCAAAUGGCGUGGGCGCAGUGCGCGACGAGCUGCACUCCUCGCUGUCCAGGUGCGGCGGCGGCGGCUCGCAGGCGUCCAGCGGCGGCUGCCCCAGCGGGGGCGCAGCCGGGGGCGCGCUCUUCGAGGACGAUGAGUUCCCGGCGUCGCGGCGCUCGCUGGGCGACGCGCGCCUCACUGCAGUGCGCUGGCGCCGCCCUCACCUGUUGGCAGGCGCGCGCGGCUGGGUGGAGGUCACUGAAGCUUACGUCAUCAUGAGAAAGACAUCAACGCGCGCUGCAGUUCCUCUGGCCCGGACGAGCGGUACUUGUGCUAGACCAUCCGCGAAGUCGCCGAGAUCAACCAAGGAGCUGAGCGCGUGUCCGCGGUUCCGCGGCGACGAGCUGGCGGAGGGCGAGGCCGCGCCCUCGCCGCACGACGUCGUCAGGUGGUCGGCGGAGCUGGGCCCGCUGGGCUGCGCGCGGCUGCGGGCGGCGGCUGCCGCGCUGGCGCCCACGCCGCGCCUGCUGGACCGCGCCGCGCCGCCGCAGGGCUUCCGCGACCACUACUGCGGCGCCUUCAGGUUCCACUUCUGGGUGUUCGGUACCUGGCGCGAGGUGCGCGUGGACGACCGCCUGCCCGAGCGCGGCGGCUGCCUGCUGGGCGCGCACGCCGCAAACCACGACUACACGCUGCCGCUGCUGGAGAAGGCCUACGCCAAGCUGUACGGGUCGUACGGCGCGCUGCGCGGCGGCAGCGUGGCGCGCGCGCUGCAGGACCUGUCGGGCGGCGUGGUGCAGAGCUUCUCGCUGCGGGCGCAGCCGCGUGCGCUCACCUACCAGGUGCUCAACUCCGGGGUGCCGCGCUCCACGCUGCUGGUGGCCAGCGCCGGCAAGCGCGCGCGCGCCCCCCUGCGCCCCGGCGCGCCCUACUGCGUGGCGGGGCUGGCGCGCGUGCGGGGCGCGGAGGGCGCGGGGGGCGCGCCCGACGCCGCGCUCGUGCGCCUGCGCGCCCCCGCCGGCGGGGCCUGGGCCGGCGCCUGGUCGCCCGCCAGCGCCGAGUGGCGCGCGCUGGCGCCGCCCGACCGCGACCUGCUCGCUGCCAGCGCGGCGCACCCCGGGGACUUUUGGAUGUCAUUCAAUGACUUCGUGCAGUCGUUCAGCGAGCUGGAGCUGGUGCACGUGGGGCCGGACGACUGGCUGCUGGAGCCGGCGCUGCAGACGCGGCGGCCGUGGCGGGCCGUGCUGGCGCGCCGGCGCUGGCGCCGCGGGUACAACGCGGGAGGCCCGCCCGGCGCGCCCACCGCCGCCGCCAACCCCACGUUCGCCGUGCAGCUGCCCGCCAAGUGCCACGUGGUGGUGUCGGUCACGCAGCAGUACGCGCCCGAGCCCGCCAAGCUGCGCGCCAUCGGCUUCGCCGUGUACGAGGCGGGCGCGGGCCGCGCGCCGCUCGACGUCACGCACGAGUCGCGCGCGCGCGAGGUCGUCACGUUCUUCACGCUGCCUGCGGGACGCUACCUGGUGGUGCCACACACGAGGCGGGCUCACACCGACGCCGCCUUCCUGCUGCGCAUCCUCACAGACGAGCAGAGCGACGUGUGGGAGGUCAACGAGGACAACGUGAUCGUGCGCGACGUGGCGGGCGAGCUGCGCGACGGCGAGGCGCUGCCGGCGGCGGCGCGCGCGGCGCUGGCGCGGCUGGCGGCGCGCGAGGCGGACGCGCGCGAGCUGGACGCGCGCGCGCUGCGGGCCGCGCUGCGCCGCGUGUGGCGCCACUGCCUGUGCGCGCCGCCGUCGCGCGAGCUGUGCCGCGCGCUGGUGGCGCUGCGCGACCGCGCGCUGCGGGGCGCCGUGCGCGCGCGCGACGUGCCCGCACUGGUGGCGCUGCUGGCCUACUGGCGCGGCGCCUUCCUGCGCGGCGCGGGCGCGGCGAGCUGCGGGCCGCCGCUGCGCUCGGCCUACGCGCUGCGCGGCCUGCUGUGGGCGGCGGGCGUGACGGCCUCCAACAAGGUGCUGGAGUGCCUGGUGCUACGCUUCGCCCGCGGCGUGUUGCUCUCGGAGGAGGGCUACGUGAUGGCGCUGGCGCGCCUGCACCUGGCGCACGAGCGUUACCGCAGCCUGGACAACAAGAUCAAGUCCAACCCUCUCUCCCUGGAGGAGAUGAUCCUGAUGACCAUCUACUCCUGACACUUGUGCAUGCGUCGGUCGGCGCCCUCGAGCCCUACCCAGCGCUAUUAUUACCGCCCAAGAAGAAGAGUCGUUUAAUAUUUUUGUUAUUUAUUUGUUAUUUCAGUGAUCGCUCUAUAUUUAGAGCGGUGUAAAUUAUUAUAAAUGAAUGUUAGCGACAUAAUUUAUUUCGUCGUAGUUGAUACAAAGGAAUUUAAAAAUGAAUUUAAUAAUAUUAUGUAGGUAUAUGUAAACAAGCGAUAGAUUUCAGAACAAACCAGAUCGCCGUAAGUUUUGCGCGAUCGUCCAACGCCUGUCUCAAACAGUACCUACACCGGUUAGUUUGAUUUGGGAAAGUUAGCUUCAGACUCGUUAUUGCUUAGUCAUGAAUGCGAGUGACAGGGGUUGGAGGUUGUUCUGUUUGACGUGAGUACACUGACCAAAGAGAAUCCGAUCCAAACGAGCUGCACAGUACAAAGCCGAGCUCACAUUGUGAUAUUGUUAAGUAGUCAGCGCUGUCCCUCGCGCAGAACGGUGCUAUGUUGUUACGAGCGCGAGAUCGCUCGCUCGAGUGCGGCGGGGCUCCAGCAAUCUGCUUUACAUCUUCUUAGUCAUCAAUACACCUUUCACUUAUUAUCAAAAUAUAUUAUCAAAUAUAUUAUUGAAACGCUGCUUUUGUUGAUUUAAUUGUUUGAAGUCCCGUCACGCGUUUAAUUUAGCAGAAAUAAAAGUAUUACUUGA